GGUAUAUAAGAUCCCACGGCAGCGGUACAGGUGCGCCACUCAGUCAGCCAAGACGUGGGGUGCUUCAAGGCGAGAGUCCCGAGACGCUGCAAUGAAGGAGCUACUGGCGGUGCUGGUGGUGGUGGUGGCGGCGACAAGCGGGGCGCCCCAGUAUAACCAGGCUUCCUACUCCGUCGGCCGCCAGAAAUUCGUGAGAGAUGAGUAUGGGCAGUACCACCCUGUCUCCGGGCCUCCUGUCGGUCCACCCUUCGGAGUCCCCUUCGUCCAAGGACAUCCCUCACACGGCAGCGCUUCCCUGAUCCACCAGCAGCAGCCAUUCCCUUCACACCAGCAACAGUUCCCGUCACACCAGCAACAAUUCCCGUCACACCAGCAACAGUUCCCGUCACACCAGCAGCAGUUCCCGUCACACCAGCAACAGUUCCCUACCCAUCAGAACCAGCAAUUCCCUUCCAAUUCCGGGGGUGGUGACGUACCUUUCAUCCCUGUGCCUCCUGACCCGAACCCCGGCAAGCCCUCAGUCACGCCAGGAGUCAACACUCAACUCGGGGGAGGUUUUGAUGUAUCUGCCUUCGCUCGCACCAAGGUGGACAAGAAGGAUAAGAGGACUGAGAGCAGCUAAGCUUCUUAAGUGGACCAGCACCAGCGCCUCCCUGCCCCGAGACCCGCGUCAUGCUGGGGACUGCUGCCCACUUCUCACCUCACCUUGAAAUUUGUUGCAUGAUUCUUUUAGUCUCGAAUAAAGCCCUAAAAUGCU